UGGAGAGAAAGGGGCGUGGUAUCUUGCCGCUGCACCUGGACGUUCGACGUAUAACUCCGAGGCGACCGAAGCCAAUAGCUGGAGAGUUGGGCGGUGGCAGGACGCAAGCGCGAGAGGGGUGGCCGCGAGAGGAGGCGAUGGUGGCCGGGUAGGUCCAAACUUUGUCCGGUGUCGCCUUAGGAGGAGCUGGCGGCGCUGGGAGCAGGACCAUGGCUGUUACGAUACAACCAAGGAUUUCUACACUAUAUUUCCUCUGUUGCCUAGUCCUUGCCUCUUCUGUGUCCUCUUUUGCAGAGGACCAUGCAGAUGGGAGUCAUCAGGCAAACAUGCGUCUUGAUAAGAACAUGGUACAAGAUAAGGACCACAUCAUGGAACAUUUAGAAGGCGUCAUUGACAAACCAGAAUCUGAGAUGUCGCCACAAGAGCUGCAGCUUCAUUACUUCAAAAUGCACGACUACGAUGGCAACAAUCUGCUUGAUGGGCUUGAACUUGCCACUGCCAUUUCACAUGUACACAAAGAGGAAGGUGGAGAACACACCCAGACGAUGAAAGAUGAGGAGUUAAUUAGUUUGAUAGACGGCGUCUUGCAUGAUGAUGAUAAAAAUAAUGAUGGCUACAUUGACUAUGCUGAGUUUGCAAAGUCACUGGAAUGAUGAUUUCUUUAAAAAUCUUUUCGUCCAUGUGACCCAGUACAAUGUGAUUCCUUACCGUAUGUUAGUUUGUGUGUUCUCUACCCUUUGGGCUGCAAAAUUAAUGGUAGAAAAGUGAAAUGGCUACACUUUCAUUUCUUAUACCUUGGGGAGCAAAAAGGUUGUGAUGGGAACUAUUAUUUGAUACAGCCUUAUUAGUCAACAAUGGAGCAAUACAACCCAUCUGUGUUAGCAAAUUAUUUGGCAGUUGUCUUAAAAGCCUGCUUGAACGAGCUAUCAUCUAAGUCACUGUACUCCAGAAUAACUUCUGGAGGACUCAAAAAGGUAUUAGUUAUAAAGGUCAUAGCACUACAGAGUCUUAAAUGCCAUAAUUAUAUCAUAAAACCAACAGUAUGAUUUUGUGUUUGUGCUUUGAGUUCACCAUUAUUAUUAUUAUUAUUAUUAUUAUUAUUAUUUUGCAAAAAUUGGGAGUAUAGGCACAAUGCAAGAUUAAACUCUUUAAGAUCUGUCAGCAGGAGAGUUAAGUAGCUAAUUAAAUCUCCAUUAAAAUGGAUGAGUGUAAAAGUGCUUAGUCUUUGCACUUUACCCUAAAUCUGUAAAUAUAUGUUUGUCAUUAUAGACAUAUGCCUGUCUUUCAGUUGUCUCUUCUUUUGUCUUUCAGUUGUCUCAUGUUCUGUCACUACUUUACUGGGUUUUGCUGUUCCUUAAAUUAUGACCUUAGAACUGACUGUUGAAUUUUAAAUUAAGUAUAUAUAUAUAUGUUAUAUACUUAAUAUAUUUAGUGUUAUGUGUAUUAUACACCAUCAGUACAGUAUUUUACUUCAGAGUUCAUUUUCAGAAAGUGUAGGUUAAAUACUUUCAUUCAAUGAGGUCUUUAUGCCAAGAACUAUGUUAAGUAAUGAAAGGUUUAUAAUCACACUGAAAUGCUGCCAUGUUAAGGUUCUUGCCAGUGUACCUUGACACAAAUUUGUGGUGUGAGUUAUGAAAAUACUUUCUAAUUUUUUUUUUAAAGAAUCUCUAUAACGAGUGUUUAAAUACUUGAAUGGUCUGCUUAUUCUAAAGGGUUCUAUAACUAUAUACAUCUAUGUUGUCUUAACAGCCUUGUGCAGAUCUACGGUGAUAAUCUAAACUGCCCUGUUGUUUGGCUUAUUGUAUAAAACAGAAGCAUACAUUUACCGGUAAUCAAGCGUACUAUAUUCAGAAACAGAAAGCCAAAAUGCUCCUCUGUAAAUUGUGUAAGAGACCUAUUUUCUGUAUAAAAAAUAUUCUUAUAUGAAGUGCAUUUGUAAAAAUUGCUUCCUUUGUUAACUGUGUAAUAAAAAUGUGGGUUGUACUAUGUU